CAUGCCGCUGAGGCAUCUAUGUCCUAACGCCCAGUCGAGCGGUUGCAAUGACCGCGUCAAGCAGCAUGCAGGUUCCGACAGCUGUCAAAUGUCGCAACAUUUGCGAUGUUGUAUCGAGAGAUCCCUCCUUCCACUUGGCCCGACCUGGACGAGGCCCGGCGCCCUUCAUUGUCCCGUAACAUUGCACCACGUACACACAUUCUUCAUGGCAUGACAUCUUGACGAGUCAUCUGGAGAUUGAGAGACGCAUUAACGGCGGUUGCUGAGGUAUACCUAACUUGCUAAAACGUCAUGCGCCAUCCAUCAUACCGUCGAUCACGACUGGUACCUCUCAUUGUUAACACGAACUGCACGCGCCCCCGCUUACACCAGCCGACCAUCGACUGGAACUUGCUUGGGGGCGGGCAAUACGCCAUUUUCAAUGAUCUGAGCCGAAGGACUGCGAUAAGUCGUGCCUACAGAAAUUGCAAAGCAGCCUCCACGUUCUCUUCACCCGAGCACAAACACAAAGCCUUGCUGGUGAAUGACGUCGAGCGCCCCGAUGAUGCGAGGGAUAUUACGCUGAAACCAGGACAGGCGUUGUGUCGGAUUAGGCCGAGGAACGUCCCGAUAUAUCCAGGAAGAGCUCUCAAUGAAGGCCGACGUAAGCCAAGCGCUUUGUGCAGCAGCUGUGCGCGACUUCUCCCUGAUGAGCGAGCCAUAAGCCACGGAGUACCAAGGCACGGAGACCGGAACUUCGGUUUGGCCCGCGCGCCCGUGGGGUCCGGUUUUCAGUUAUCCGAGGCCGCGUUACCCCCGAAUGGAAACAACGCAGGGCUGGCUGGCUCUUGCGGGCGCCGAAGCCACUCGUUGGACGCCGGCCCCCAUCACUCAUCGCUCUCGCGCUAUUGGGUACCCCCGGACGUAAACCCCGCGCUGUCUCCUCGUGAUAAAGUGGGUUUGGUGGAGUAUGGGCGUCGUUGGUUCCUCACUUUUGCCGCCGUAGGCCCCCACCCCAGCUCCGCCCGAUCCGUCACCAUACCGAUCGCCAAGUAGUAGUCUCAAUCCCCAUUUGGUUGCCGUCAUACAAAGUUCUCACACCGACAGCACCCCACUCCCGUCCACUUUGCUCGGCACAACAGCCCACCCCGUGCACCUCGUGCUCUCCCCACUCCUCCCGU